UGGUGGCUCACUUUUUUUUCCCUUUCCCUUCCUUUCCUUUCCUUUUCCCUUUGCUUCCAUUGAUUGCAUGUUUGAACACAGAGUCACUCUUUUAGGAGGAAAUCCACCUUCAAACCAAAUCGCAAAACCACCCCCCAAACAACAAAUGGCUCGGAUAGUCCUCGCUGCUUUGGCGCCCAUUGCCACAGUCAUGCUGCUGCUGCUGUCGCCUGCUGCGGCGCUCGAUCCCUACAUGCCACCAACGCCGCUGCAGUACUCUGCGCUGGUGUCGAUUGGCUACAUUGAUCGCGCCAUGUCAGACUCGUACCUCGAGUGGUACGACUACGAUCUGCGCUUGCUGCGCAACGACGGCCGCGGCACCGCACUCGACCGCGCCAGCGUCGUCAACCUCGGCACCAAUGCAGAGACGUCGUGGACGACCACUGGCCCGGCCGCACAGGCAAACUGCGAGACCUUCUCGAUUGCUGGCCUGGACAUUAUUGCCUCGCGUCUGUACGGUGUUGCCGAUUUCAUGCAGAACGACGAGUACAACCGCAAGUACUACCAGGGACGCUCGGUGAGCGCGCGCAGCAUGCUCUGCGAUAUCUGGACUUCGUCGAGUGUGAGCCGCGUCGACCACACCCUCUCGUACGACACGGUGGUGGUCAACAACACAUACUACGUCUCGGUCAACCCGAUCGAAGGCGUCAGCAAGGUGCCGCUUCGUAUGCUCAUCAACACGACCACGACCACCUACGUCUCGGACGACAAUGGUGCCACCUACUAUGUCAACAACACUGCUCAGUCGACCAUGUACAUUGACAUGGUCCGCUACCGUAGCGGCGCUCAGCCCGCGUCCAAGUUUGCUCCUCGUCCCUACGUCAUUUGCGCGCCCACCACCGCCAACAUCCAACCUCUGGAGCGCUCGACCGUCCUCCCGGCGCCCGCUCUCGGCUCAGUCCCGUUCCCCAAGCUGCCGCGCAAGUACACCACCUUCCUCGAGACCAAGCUGACGGGUGGCGCAGAGUCGCUCACCUCCGCCCACUGGUAUGUCGACCUCGAUCAAGCCUAUGAGCGCAUUGACAGCUACGACGCUUCCCUCAAGGAGGACACGUACGGCAUUUACAAGUACAAGCAGGCAUUCGAGGGCUUCUUUUACCAAAUCACCCCUUCCAAGUCCAAGUGCUCUUCCGAAGUGCUGUCUUCCACUGGCUCGCACCCCAACACCAGUCCCUUCUCGCGCGUUCGCGCUGGCUCCAUCCCCGACCUGUUUGCUGGCAAGCACGGCAACUUUACCUACACUGGCCGAUCGAACGCUCCCCGCGGCAUUGUCUGCGACACUUGGGUUGGCCACAACACUGUCACUCGCGCUGGCAUGAUUUACAAGUUCAACACAACCGUCUUCUUCUCUGCUGAGGGCUGGAUCCAUCCCGGCCAGACCGACUCGGGCACCCGCGUUCCCGUUCGCAUUGUCAACACUGGCACCCAGCAAGCCGUCGGCAGCACCAUCGCCCCUGUCGCCUAUGUUGACACCUGGGACUUUUUCUUCUUUGUGCCCUCCGUCGACAACACGCUGUUUGACGAGACUGCAUUCAAGUGCCCCGACGCGCCCCAGUUGUUGCAAAGUUUGAUUGAUCAGUCGCUCGAGAACGGCAAGACUUUUGGCAUUGUCCUUGGUGUUAUCGGCGGCAUUGCCCUUGUUGGCGCCGGUCUCUUCUUGUACCAACGCCGCAUGGCUGCUCGCCGAGCCCAAGCCUAUGCUGCCUUCCCCUUGGAAGAGGCCACUUACUAAAACAUUUCGUGUUUUGUUGAGGGCGGUGGUAGUUCUUCCCUUCCCUUUUCCAUGUGUGUGUGAGUGUGUGUGUGCGUGUGUGUGUGCGUGUGUGGAUGUGUGUGCGUGAAGCCAGUGUAUUUGUCGGUUUUUUGUCAUUUUUUUUUUAAACAAAACAACGUAUGUUCAGCUGA